UGAGCCAACCUUGUCCGUGUCCUCCUGCUGCCCCGCCGAUCGCACAAGUUGGCAACGGACACGAGGAAAGGAAAAGGAAAGCUGGUUGGGUUGGGCGGCCCGCUCCCCUUCGAGAACGCCGCCGCCGCCCGCUCCCCCCAUAUCCAUCUCUGUCUCCUCUCCUGUUGAUCUCUUCUCUCGCGGAAGAGCUCGCACUCAGAGGACAGAGAAGAGAGGAGGAGAUGAGGAAGCUAGUCUCCUCGCGCCUGGCGGCGCUGUCGUCGCCAGAGGUGGCGUCGGCCGCGGCCGCGGCGGGAGGCGCCGCGCUGGCGCUGCGGGGCUGGUGGGAGGAGGUGAACGACUCGCCGGCGUGGCAGGACGGGGCCUUCUUCUCCCUCUCCGCCGCCUACGCCCUCGUGUCCGCUGUCGCCCUGAUUCAAUUAAUCAGAAUUCAAUUGCGGGUGCCGGAAAUUGGUUGGACCACACAAAAGGUUUUUCAUCUCAUGAAUUUCAUUGUGAAUGGAGUUCGUUCAAUUAUAUUUGGAUUUCAUGCAUAUGUGUUCCUUCUUCAAAGAAAGGUGUAUACUUUAGUGCUGUUAGAUCUUCCUGGUCUCUUGUUUUUCUCGACCUACACAUUGCUUGUGCUAUUCUGGGCAGAGAUAUACCAUCAGGCUAAGCAUCUUCCCACUGACAAGCUAAGGACUAUAUACAUUGCAGUUAACAGUGUCAUAUAUGUAAUUCAGGUUUGUAUUUGGGUAUACCUUGGAAUAAAUGACAAUCCUCUCGUGGAGCUUGUGAGCAAAGUAUUCAUAUCAGCUGUCUCAUUUAUAGCUCUUCUAGGAUUCUUAAUCUAUGGUGGAAGGUUAUUUGUCAUGCUGAGACACUUCCCAAUUGAAUCGAAGGGGCGGAGAAAGAAGCUGAUUGAGGUUGGGACCGUGACAGCAAUUUGCUUUACCUGCUUCUUGAUAAGAUGCAUUGUGGUGGCAAUUUCAUCCUUUGAUCCCGAUCUAUCUCUUGAGGUUUUGGAUCAUCCAGUUUUGGAUUUCUUCUACUACAUGUUGACAGAGAUACUGCCCUCUGCCCUUGUACUAUUCGUCUUGCGGAAACUUCCUCCCAAGCGUGUAUCAGGGCAAUACAACUCUAUUCGCUAGAAGAUUUUGGCAUGUUAUGCUGAGAAAUCCUGAAAGACCAAAUUUUCCUAGAAUUAUGUUUGUCACAGAGCGAACUGUGUUAUUUGAGCAUGGCCUCUGAGAGGUAUUUUGUCAUCUUAGCGCCAUGGCUAUAUGAUAUAAGAGUACCCCGGUGCUAAAGGGCCAAUUUCUGGGGGGCAUUAUAUAUAUUAUAUUAAUCUCCCUGUACAAGUGACUUGUCUAUAUUUUUAUUAACUGUCUAACGGAAAGAACAGUUUCAGUUGAUUGAUUACUUUAUUUGCAUUUGUACCA